AUGCCUGUGCCGGCUGAGGACCUGCCCGUCACGCACCACCAUACUAUCUAUCCCGGCAUAGAGCCAUCCAAAUUCUCAAAUACGCUCACCAAUAAGAUUGUGUUCAUCACCGGUGCCUUUCGCGGGAUUGGUGCCGCAACCGCCAUCGCGUUCGCCAGGUCCGGUGCAUCACUGUUCCUAGUGGCUCGGAACAAAGAAACGCUGGACAAAGUUAAGGAUAGCAUUCUUCAGGUCGUCCCGAACGCGAAUAUCGAAACAUGGGUGGUCGAUGUCGUGGAUCAUCUGCAGGUUCAGGAGGCGGUCAGGGGAUGCCUGACUGCGUUCGGGCAGAUCGAUGUGGUGAUCAGCAAUGCCGCUGAGAUUGAUGCAGCAAUCGUUCAACAAGAACCCAGUGUCUGGUGGCAUACGUGGGAAGUGAACAUCAAAGGAUCUUUCAACGUCGCUCAUUUUACGUUACCUGAACUUGAGAAAACGAAGGGGUACCUCAUGUUGCUUUCUUCCAUUGGUGCACAACGCAGAGACAUCAGAACUUCAGGCUACGCGAGCGGAAAACAUGCUAUCAAUCGCAUCGCAGAAUUUGCAGCUAUAGAAUCUCCCAGUGUGACGGUCUUUUCCGUACACCCUGGAGCUGUCAUGACCGAACUGGCCAAAUCGGGUGGGGACUUCCUUGCUCCCCUGCUCAUAGACGAUGUUCAGCUGCCAGCGUGGACGAUGGUGCGGCUUGUGCAAGGCAAAGAAGACUAUUUAUCUGGUCGAUAUAUUUCUGUCAAUUGGGACCUUGACGAGGUGCAUGACGACUGGAAGAAUGCUAUUCUCGAGGACGAUGCGCUCAAGAACCGACUGGCGCUGCCUUCCGGCGCAUGA